UUAGAAGCAAAAAGGCCACACUUGUAUUGGACUCCUUGUGUUGCUCACUGCGUUGACUUGAUCUUAGAAGAUAUAGGGAAAUUGCCUGAUUUUAAAGCAACAUUGAAGAAGGCAAUGAGUGUGAAUGCUUACAUUUAUGUUCGCCCCGGCAUAGUAAAUAUGUUGAGGCAAUUCACAAGACAAAAAGAGCUUUGUCGGGCAGGUGUCACAAGAUUUGCUACUGCUUUUCUUACUCUUGAAAGGAUGCACCUACAGAAGCAAAAUUUAAGAAAAAUGUUCAUUUCAAAGGAUUGGAUAGAGAGUAAAUGGGCAAAAGAAGCGGCGGGGAAGAAGGUAGCUAAAAUCAUCAUGGCACUUAGAUUUUGGAGCAGUAUUGUGCAUAUUUUAAAGAUAUAUGGCUCUUUAGUCCGUGUUCUGAGACUGGUUGAUGGCGAAAGGAAACCUGCAAUGGGUUAUAUUUAUGAGGCUAUGGAUAGGGCAAAAGAAACAAUUAUGAAGGCCUUCAAGGAGAAAGAAGAAAAAUACAAAGAAGUGUUUGAGAUCAUUGAUGCGAGAUGGGAAUGUCAACUUCAUCGGCCUCUGCAUGCUGCAGGACAUUAUUUGAAUCCAGAAUAUUUUUAUUCAUACACAGAUUCAAAUAUCUGUGGAGAAGUGGUGAAUGGUUUGUUUGAAACUAUGGAGAGAUUGGUUUCAAGCGCUGCCGAGCAAGAUAAAAUCACUACCCAACUCUCUAUAUAUCGAAAGGCAGAAGGGCUAUUUGGGAGGAAUGUAGCAAUUAGACAUAGAAGAGCAUUAUCUCCAGCAGAAUGGUGGGAAUGCUAUGGAGCAAAUACCCCAGAAUUGCAAAAGUUUGCUAUUAAAGUGCUUAGCCUCACUUGUAGUGCUUCUGGUUGUGAGCGCAAUUGGAGUGUAUUUGAGCAGAUUCACAGCAAAAAAAGAAAUAGGCUAGCUCAGCAGCGCUUAAAUGAUUUGGUAUUUGUGAAAUACAAUCGUGCCUUAAAGCUUCGGUAUGAUGCACGUGAUAAGAUUGACCCCAUCUCUUUGACAGAUAUUGAUGAUAGUAAUGAAUGGUUGAUGGGUAGAAUGGAUGGAGAAAGUGAUAAUGAAGAAGAUGAGUUGGUUUUUGAAGGUGAUGACUUGACAUGGGAUGUCGUUGCUAGGGCUAGUGGAGCUGAAGAGCCUGAAUAUUGUACUAGAGGAAAAAAUAUUGCAACCAUGACCUCUAGUUCAAAUGCUAGGCCUAAACAAGUCGAGAAGGGAAAUGCAUCUUCCUCUAUGAGACACUCAUCUCUAAGAUUUAGAGAUGAAGAAGAAAUUGAA